AGAGGUUGCCGCGGUCGCCAUGUUGCUGAAUGAAAUUAGCUCAAAACAUUAAGUAGCCGCUAGAAAUAUCUAUAUUUUAUUUAAGCAUCAUUUGACAAUUGCUACAUCUUGUGUCUUACUGUAAAUAUGACUUAGGAUUUAAGGAAACCUUAGAGAGGCAUCUUUCCCUAUUGUGUUUAGUCACAGAAACAGUAUCACGCAAUGCACCAUGGAAGUGGAUCACAGAAUAUUCAACGACAACUCCAGAGAUCUAAGUCUGUCAGUGGGUCUGAAGCAGAGGAGGUGCCACAACCACAGCAACAGCAGCAGCCCACCUUGGCAGCAACACAGCAGCAAGCCACAGUUAACCACCCUCAAUCUCCUGUGACCACAUUUUCUUCUGCUGCCAGCCCUUCAGCCCCUCAGUCACCUAAUUAUCAGAUAAUCAUGAGUCGUAGCCCAGUCACUGGCCAGAACAUGAACAUCACAUUACAAAAUGUGGGACAAAUGGUGACUGGUAACCAGCCAAUCACGCUUACUCCACUACCUAUCCAGAAUCCAGCAUCCCCCGGCUUUCAGCAUACUACAUCUCAAUGGAGGUUUGAGCAUGCUCCAUCCUCCUACAUCCAGGUCACCUCACCUGUGCCCCAGCCCAUGCCGCCACAGAGUCCCACACAGCAUAGCCCAGUCCCUCUGCAAGGUGUGACGAGACCAGGAGCCCCUGCAACAGCAUUAAGUGUGUGUGGACAGAGUCCAACUCGAUUUGUUGAGGCUGGUAUGUUAGUGCGACAAAUCAAUUUAGGGAGUCCCUCUGGGAGUGGACACUUUGUUUACCAAGAGGGGACAGGACUGGCUCAGAUUGCCCCAGCCACACCUGGGCAGGUGCAGUUGACCUCACCAGGUACUCCAGGUUCAGUGAGGGAACGUCGGCUCUCUCAGCCUCACUCUCAGACUGGAGGCACCAUCCACCACCUUGGUCCGCAAAGCCCUGUGGCCACUGGUGGUGCUCUCCCCACUCUAGGCAGCCCUGGUCACAUUACCACUUCUAAUCUACCUCCACAGAUCAGCAGUAUCAUUCAAGGACAGCUGGCACGCCCAAUGAUAUUUGACAAGACACCACAGGGUGUGGUUGCAGGAGUAGGAACCACAGUUACAGCAUCUUUCAGUAUACCCUCCUCCAUUCCACCAUCUAGCCCUUCUCUUACCAGUCCAUCCCAAGGAAUACCUAACAAUCCCAUUGGACCCACCAGCAUGGCAGUGGGCACUAUAAAGAAGCAGGUUCCUAAGAAGUUAGAGGAAAUUGCUCCUUCUACCCCAGAGAUUGCUCAGCUGAGAAAACAGUGCAUGGACCACCAUACCAAGAAGAUGGAGAGCCUGAAGGAGGUGUUCAAAGAAUACCUGAUUGAGCUUUUUUUUCUCCAGCAUCUCCAAGGGAACAUGAUGGACUACAUAGCUUUUAAGAAAAAGCCAUGUGUCCCAUUGUAUACGUAUUUGAGACAAAAUGACUUGGACCUUGAAGAUGAAGAGGAGGAUGAGGAGCAGUCUGAGGUCAUUAAUGAUGAGGUGAAGGUUGUCACUGGAAAGGAUGGCCAAGCAGUGACACCAGUUGCCAUAGCAACACAGCUUCCUCCCAAUGUUUCUGCAGCUUUCUCUACCCAGCAGCAGUUUCAGGGACACCAAGGGGCUGCUGCUGGCGCCCUUACAAAUCCUGGAGACAUGGAUGCCUUUAAGAGGCAACAAGCUAUGGUGCAAGCAGAUCAGGCUAAGAGGUCCCGGAUUGACGUUGGUCGCCAUGGGCUGAUUUUCCAGCAUCCUGGUGUAGCUCCUUUAGGAUCACCUGGCGUUCCACUCCAGCAGCUUAUGCCAACUGCGCAAGGCGGGAUGCCGCCUACCCCUCAAGCGGUACAGAUUGCAGGACAAAAGCAGAACCAGCAACAGUAUGACCCGUCCAAAGGACCUCCAGUGCAGAAUGCAGCCAGUUUGCAUACCCCUCCCCCACAGUUGCCUGGCAGGUUACCCCAAGGAGCCCUCCCUAUGGCUGGCCUUCCGAUGGCUCUGUCGCAGCAGGCUCAGUUGGUGGAGAACUCAGCCCAACCUGGUGCUCAGCUUCAGGCUCAGGUGAAGGUGCAGACAGGUGGGCCUGUUCUGGCCCCUGUAAACCCACACACACAGCUCCAGGCCCAGCUUCAGCAGCAGAUGCAGUCAGGUCUUCACCUCCAGUUGCAGCCCCAGCAGCAACAAUCCCAGGCUGUGCUGCAGUCAGGACAGGCGACGGUGGCUCUUGCUCGUCCCAGCACAGAGUCAAAUCAGCCAGUUCAGAGGAUUAUGACCAACACCUUAUCCAUAGCUUCUCUGUCUCCUGCUCCCCUUUCUGCUCAAAACUCUGUCCAAACCUCACAUAAUGCAAGUCCUCUCCGCCCGCUUGGCUCCAACAUCAACCCUAGCACCCAGUCCAAAUUGACCGGAACCAAUGGCAUCUCUGCGGUUAAAAUUGGUGGAUUUGGUCAAAGUGCAACCAUGCAGACUUCACAGGAGAGCUCUCAAGAUAAACAGGUUGAGCAGGCCAAACUGGAAAGUCAAGUGCAUCAACGUAUCUCUGAGCUGAGGAAAGAGGGUCAGUGGUCAGCAAGUAGGCUCCCUAAACUUGUGGAAGCCUCACGACCAAAGUCCCACUGGGAUUACCUACUGGAGGAGAUGCAAUGGAUGGCAGCUGAUUUUGCCCAGGAGAGGAGAUGGAAAGUGGCCGCUGCUAAGAAGCUUGUUCGCACUUGUGCCCGUUACCAUGAAGAGCAAAAGAAAAGUGAAGAAAGGUCAAAGAAUGAGAGGGAAGUUCAUCUUCGUCACAUUGCCAGCACAAUUGCCAGAGAGGUUGAGUUUUUCUGGUCUAACAUUGAACAGGUUGUGGAAAUUAAACUGCAGUUUGAAAUUUAUGAAAAGAGGCUAAAAUCCCUGAGCUUACAAAAAGCCUCAGCCAAAGUAUCUAGUCAAUCCACUGGAGAAAAAGCUGAUAAAGAGGUGGUGGCCACUUCAAGUAGAAAAAGAAAACCAAGUUCAUCUUGGGCUACUGAAGAUGUCCCAGAUGAAGAGAGCACCAUAGAGGAACAGGAAGCAAUGGAGGAUGAAGCAGACCAUAAAGCAGAAUUGGUCGACCUUGCCAAAGAUGCUGAGAUGCCUUUGGAUGCUUUGGUGAAACAGUACGCUGGUGCCUACGCUGAUGGCUUUGAGUGGCCAAAGCCCAGUCCUCAGGAGGAAGAAGACAUGGAAGAGCCUGAAGAGAUGGAGUGUCCUGAGGGCAGCCCACCUGAAGCAGUGUUAAUUGAUUCUCUGCUCAGUGUGGAACAGUACCGAGGAACUGACAAGGCCAGUUCCUCUGACUCUGAUGGAAAGCCUGCUAGAGACAUUGCUGAAGUAGCUGCAUCGACAGAGCUUAUCCUGCCUAAGGGGAGUUUCAGGACCACUUCCUCAUCCCGCAGCCCGGCUCCUUUUCUACUACACGGGUCACUGCGAGAAUAUCAGCAGAUUGGUGUGGACUGGCUGGUAAACCUACACAAGAAACACCUCAAUGGCAUCCUAGCUGACGAGACAGGCCUCGGCAAGACUGUGCAGACUGUGGCUUACAUGGCUCACUUAGCUGGCCAAGAAGGUAUCUGGGGACCCCAUCUCAUUGUGGUGAGGACAUCCAAGUUACUAAGUUGGGAGGUGGAGUUCAAGCGUUGGUGUCCAGGUCUGAAGAUCCUUCUGUACCUUGGUGACAAACGGGAGCGCAGAUCUAAGAGAAUGUGGUGGGGGGAUGUCAACAGCUUCCAUGUGUGUGUGACAUCCUACAAGCUACUGAUGAAGGACCAGAGCCACUUUCUGAGGAGGAGGUGGAGGCACCUUGUCUUGGAUGAGGUUCAGCUCAUCAAAAACAUGACUGAGAAGCACUGGGAAACAAUUUUUGCUCUCAGAAGUGAACAGAGAAUCCUCCUCAUCAACUCUCCUCUACAAAACACUCUGAAGGAGCUGUGGACCAUGAUCCACUUUCUCUUGCCAGGAAUCACCAGAGCUUACUCCGACUUCCCUGUUAAGGCAGGAACAGACCAGAACCAGGACUACUGCCACAAACUGGUCAUUCGACUGCACAGGAUGAUUCAGCCUUUCAUCCUGCGACGCUCCAAAAGGGACGUAGAGAAACAGCUACCCAAGAAGUAUGAGCAUAUUUUGAAGUGCCGCCUCUCCAGCAGACAGAAGAGCCUGUAUGAGGAUAUCCUCACUCAGUCUGGGACCCAAGAGGCACUGAAAACUGGUCAUUUUGUCAGUGUGCUUCAAGUUUUGAUGCAGUUGCAGAGAGUAUGUAACCACCCAGACCUGGUGGUACCCAGAGAGACAAACAGCUCUUACUUCUGCUCCUCUCUACAAUAUAACGUUCCAUCUUUGGUGCUGGGAGCCCUGCAGAAUGACCCAAGCGAGAUUGCAAACAUGUCCAUAUUUGAUUUAAUCAACAAUGAGAACAAGUUGACUCGGUAUCAGACUGAGGAGGCAGUACCAAAACUAAAGGUUUCACAGCAGCUCAUAGAGGAGCUGUAUUCUAGUCCAGAUCCACCACCUCGACCCAAACCAUGCCCAAUAAAACCUAUGAGGUUGUUCCAGCCAGUGCAGUAUGGGACAAAGCCUGAUGGUCGCCUGGCUUCCAUCACAACUCCAGCAGGCCAGCGUCCUCCGUUGAGCACUUCUGCGACAACCACCUCUGCUUCCACCACCCAAGCACCACAGGCCAGGGGCAAAUCCCCUGUCACCACUGGAAUUACAACAGCCACUGCUCAUGUGGUUGGAACAGCUACUCAGAGAGCCCAGACUACUUCUACUGUCAGCAACAGCAACAACACUGCCGCCUCCACUGUAUCCUCUGGGUCUAGUGGACUUGGGCAGCAUGUGCUGGGGGCUACCCCUGUGGCCUUGGGCCAGACGUUGGCUGGUGCAGUAGUGGGAUCAAUUGCUCCCAUCAGCCAGCCUGGCAUAGCACAAGUCGCCAGGCCAGCUCUAGCCCCCAGCCAUGCCAUCCAGCCCAGUUUACUGUCCCAGAGGCUGGUUCUUACAUCUCAGGCCCAGGCACGGUUGCCUAGUGGAGAUGUGGUGAAAAUAGCCCAGCUGGCUAACAUAGCGGGCAAUCAGACUCGGAUCUCUCAGCCAGAGACUCCUGUCACCCUGCAGUUUCAGGGUAACAAGUUUACCCUUUCUCCCAGCCAGCUCCGUCAGCUCACCACUGGACAGCCCUUACAGCUUCAAGGUACACUCGGCAAUAUCCUGCAGAUUGUGUCAACUCCAGGACAGCAAAUCAUCAGGCCUCAAGGAUCCAUGGUAAUGCAGACAAUGCCACAAACUGUUCCUGCCACCAACUCCUCAACAACCCCUAGUGCACCUCAUCCUCCCCAACAACUUCAACAAGCACCGGGUGUGACUACUAAUGCAACACCAGCCUCCACGAAGCCCACUACUGGAGCUACUUCUGGUCCACAGGAGUCAUCAGAAGAAAAGACCCAACAGACCAAGGAGCGUUUAAGCCGCCUGUUUGAAGCUAAUGAGCGCCGCUGUAGCCGUGGAGUGUUGUAUGGGUCCGACCUGCUGGAGGCCUGCGCUGUGAGGUCAGAACCUGCUCACUCUGCUCUGACUGCUGGAGGCUGGAGGUGGGUGGGCAGAGAGAGCUGCCAGAGGGCUCAGGAUACCUGCGUAGCAACAACAACUACACUGCGCUCCACUCUGCUCUCUGUCAAAGAUCGUCUUGAGGCUGCCAACUGUCUUGUCCAGAGGUUGGCUUGUGUGGUGCCUGCAGCUGUAGCACCACCUCCUCAACUCUACGCAGCCAAUCCCUCAGUUCCCCACAGACUGGAGCAGAAGUCUCUCCACCGUCAGCUACAGGAGGCCUCUUCCUCUCACAGUGCUGACAUCCACCAGUUUGCCUCCAGGCAUCUGCUCCCUUUUCCUGACCUGCAGCUAAUGCAGAUGGACUCAGGUAAACUGGAAGCACUUGCUAUUCUGCUACAGAAGCUAAGGUCCGAGAGUCGCCGUGUCCUCAUUUUUACACAGAUGGUAAAAAUGUUAGACAUCCUGGAAGCCUUCCUUGAUCACAGGCAGCUCACGUAUGUUCGUGUGGAUGAACACUUUACUCGUGGUGAAAGACAGGAGAAUAUGAAGAGGUUUAACAGAAACAGGCAGAUUUUCUGCAGCAUCCUUACAAACCGCUGCUGUUCUGCAGUUGGAAGUGUGUUUGAUGCAGACACCAUCAUCUUCUAUGACACAGACUUAAAUCCAAGCAUGGACGCCCGCACCCAGGAGUGGUGUGAUAAGAUUGGGCGCUCCAAGGACAUACACAUUUAUAGGUUGGAGAGUGGUAACUCCAUUGAGGAGAAACUGCUGAAGAAUGGCACCAAGGACCUCAUCAGAGAGGUGGCUGCCCAGGGCACUGACUAUACACUGGCUUUCCUCACACAGCGGACAAUCCAGGAUCUGUUUGAGGUGGAGGCAGGAUCAGGAGAGAAGGUGGAGGAGUUUGUAGUUCUGCACCAGGAGCCAUCAGCCUCAGAGGCCAUCUCUCCCAGGGUGGCUAGACCAUACAUCCAGGCUCUCCACAGCAUAAACCUAGAUGCUCUUCCAGAAAAAGAAGAGCAGAAAGAAGCAAAGUUAGCAGACACAGAAGUGACAGAAGACGACCAGGAAUCUGAGAGCCAAGCUAAAGAAGAACCUGCUCAGAUAGAUGAGCUUAAUGCAGUCAUGGAACAGCUCACACCAAUUGAAAGGUAUGCCCUGCAUUACCUGGAGUACCUCCACGUCAGUGAUGAUGAAACUGUUUUCAAGGAGCGUUUAGAGUGCUCUAAAAGACGCUGGGAGCUGCAGCAGCUCAAAAAGCUCAAAGAGGAGGAGGAGGAGAGGCAGAUGAUGGAUGGAGAUGAAGAUCUCUUCACCUACACCAGAGAGGAUGCCUACAACAUGGAGUAUGUGUUUGACACAGAAGAUGGCCACACAGAAAUCAUGCCGGUUUGGACUCCCCCGACACCACCACAGGACGACAAUGACAUUUACAUCGACUCUGUGAUGUGUCUCAUGUAUGACACCACACCGAUGCCGGAGUCCAAGCUGCCUCCUAUCUACAUCCGUAAGGAGCACAAGAGACUCAAGAUGGACCCCUCAGCAGCAGCUAGAAAGAAGAAGAAGGGUCACGGGGAGACGGUCAUUCCGCCACGCUCCCUUUUCGAAAAGGCCAGUAUGCUGAAAGUUCGCCGCGAGGGGAAGGAUCAGAAAAAGAACUUCUCCCUCAAACAGCAGGCACCUUUCGCCAAGCCACUACCCUCGCUGGUUAAACCUGCCAUGGAAGCUGGUCAGGACAAUCCAGAGUGGCUCAUCAGUGAGGACUGGGCACUGCUUCAGGCUGUGAAGCAGCUGCUGGAGCUGCCUCUAAAUCUGACCAUUGUAUCUCCUGCUCACACACCUAACUGGGACUUGGUAAGCGAUGUGGUGAACUCCUGCAGUCGCAUCUAUCGCUCACCCAAACAGUGCCGCAACCGUUAUGAGAAUGUCAUCAUUCCCAGAGAAGAGGGCAAGUUGGUGUAUGAGGCAAAUCCUAAGAAGAAAACCAAGAGCAUUUACAAGUCUAAGAACAGCCGUCCUCUACGGACUUCUCAGAUCUACACACAGGAUGACAAUGCAACUCAUAUUCAGCUCUACAACAGUCGCUUUGAACUCAUGAAAAUCAUUGCCAGCAAGAGGAGUCCACCAAUCAAACCACUGUUGGGUAUGAACCCAUUCCAGAAGAAUCCCAAACAUGCCUCAGUUUUGGCAGAGAGUGGGAUCAGCUACGACAAACCCUUACCUCCCAUUCAGGUUGCAUCACAGCGUGCAGAAAGGAUAGCCAAGGAGAAAAAGGCCCUUGCAGAGCAACAGAAAGCUCAACAAUUGGCCCAGCAGCAGCAGGCUGGGACCCCCCAGGCCCAAGCUGCACCGGGCCAGGCCCAAGCUCCUGCUGCUGGACAGACUCAGGCUCAGGUCCCUCAAGCUGCUGCAGUGGCUGGUGCUGCCGCUGUGCCCAAUGCAGCUGUUCUGGCUGGAGCCAUCAAAAAUGCAACUGUGGGCACAACCAUUCAGGCUGCCACCGUAGCAGGAAAUGUGAUUGUGAACACAGUAGCUGGAGUUCCUCCAAGUCCCUUCCAGGCCAACAAACGCCUGGCAUCUCCAGUCAUACCAGGCACCCUGUCUCCUGCCGGUGCAGCCGGAGCCCAGGUAGUCCACGCACAACAGAGGGCUGUUACAGCUGCUGCUGCCCCUGCUGAAGUCGUUGCCAUAGCUACAGGGCAGGGUGUUCGAGCUGUUACCCCAGUGACAGCAACUACUGUAGUUUCUACCACUCUGAGCCCAGUGCAAUCACAGACACGCCCACUGGUCCCUCAGGUCACUCCAGCUACAGGUAUGUCACUGCAGCAAGGAAAGCCUCUCACUCAAGCCCACCUGCAGAUGCUGAGGCAGCAACAAUUACAGCAACAUCAACAACAGCAGCAGCAACAGCAGGCUGCCUCCCCACAGAUCAAAACUGUAGGCAAAUCCCAGGAGUUGUUAAAGAUGCACAAGCAUAAAUUGCAGCUCCAGCAGCAGCAGCAACAACAACAGCAGCAGGUAGCUGCAGCGGUGGUGGCAGCACAAGGCCAACAGGCUGCAGGUGCUCAACAGGCCACCCAGGUGCAACCUGCACAGGCCACACAGGCCAGUCCUCAGCUGGCAGCUGUAGCAGCCCCCAGACCCGGAGCUGUACUGACAGGAACCACCGUGGCCAAUCUGCAGGUGGCCAGACUGGCCCGAGUGCAAGCUCAGGGCCAGAUUCAGGCCCAGGCGGCUCAGACAGCUCAGGUGACCCUCACCAAGCCCCCUGUGGUUUCUGUGCCCGCUGUGGUCUCAUCUGCUGGUGUCACCACUCUACCAGUGACUGUAGCAGGCAUUAGUGUGGCUAUUGGACAAGCACAGAAAACUGGCGGGCCUGUGCUGACGUCGUCCUUCCCCCAGAUGCAGGUUCAGCAGCUGCUUCAGAUGAAGAAACAGCAGCAGCAGCAGGCAGCAGUUCAGGCAGCGGCCGCAGCCCAGCAGAAGGCAGGGCAGCCUCAGCAAGCACAGGCAACUGUGCAGCAGAAGAUCGGCACCCAGCAAGUGACGGUGCAGGCAGGCCAGCAGCCACAGCAGAAGGUGACCUACGCAGCCACCACCCAGCUUCAACCAGGGAUAAAGACUCAGUUUUUUACCACAUCCAUCGCCCAGGCUCAGAAACCCACUGGAGCUCAACAAAUCCAGGUAACUAAGCUCCCACAAAUAGUGCAGCAGCAGCCGACUGUGGCCAAUAUUCAACAGAUCGUGUCGUCUCCUCAGCAGAUCCAGCCUCAGACCGUGGCCCUGACGCAGGCCGCCGCAUCUGCCUCUGCACAGGUGCAGAUGAUUCCUGCCGGGACGGCGACGGCCCAGGUCGUCCAGCAGAAGAUCAUCCAGCAGCAGGUGGUGACGGCAGCCGCCUCGCCGCAGAUCCAGACCCCUCCUCCACACAGUCCCGCCCAGCAAGCUGCAGCCCCCGCCGCCGCCGAGUCCCCAGCGCAGCAGCCCGCCCAGCCCCAACAGGCCACCAAGGGCCAGGCUCGCCAGGGCGGCAUCAGGGCCAAGACCCCCGCCAAGCCCAGUGGGGGGAGUGGCUAGAGGACCCACUCUGAGGAGCCCCAGUCCACUGGACCUGUAGUACCUGUGAGGGAGGAUGUUAUGGCUCCUGAAGUUUGCUUAUGAAUCCCUCAGCAGAGGCUGAUGUCCAGAAACCUUUACCUCACACCAGUUUCGACUGUCCAUUCAAGUCUUGGCCCACUCAGACUCACUGUUCGGCAGUUCAGUCACAACUCUGCUGCUUGUAGUUCUGGUGGGAUCCAUAAUUUUGAUGUGCUGAAUCAACACGCAACAUCUUCUCUAAAAUUGUGGAAUGUUUUUGGAAAAUGUUAGAACAGUUCGACAAAGUUCCCAACGUUUGUUACCACAACUGCCCAACACACAGUUGAGAUCAGACAAGUCAUGCCUUGGAAGUGCUGAUCAUAUUAUUACUCGACAGAUGUGAGGCUGAGGCUUAAGCUGUCCAUUAGAUUAAGUGUAUUCAUUAAUAGUCCCUUUUAUGUAUAAUUCCCUUGUUGUCUAUAGAUACUGAAUGGAGAAUAAUGCACGUUCCUUUAGUCAUUUGUUUUUUAUUGCAGCAAAUACACUGUAAACAUGUACUUUAGUAUUUUGUGUUUUCUCAUAAAUUGUCUUUUUUAUUGAUGUCAGAAAAAAAAAAAGUGUAAAUAUCAAUGAAAAACAUUUGUACUUGUAAAGUAGUUGUGUUUUCAUUGGGUUUUUUCAGCCUAAUUGUAAUAAAGUGUUUUGUUUUUAUACACAAA